CUGAAACCCUAAUUCCUAAAUUGCAAUUCACUAAUUAAUCGAAUUUACGAUUUCAGAGAGGGAAUUAAUUGAAAGCCUACGAUUCAAUGGAGAAGAACGGAGCCGGACUCGAAACGGAACUCAGGCUAGGGCUUCCCGGCGGCGAGGUGGAGAAGAAUGAGAAGAAAAGAGGAUUUUCCGAUUUCUGUGGAAUUGCAGCGGCGACGGCGGCGGGGAAUAAUUGUAAUGAUAAGAAUAAGAAUCAGAUCGUUGGUUGGCCGCCGGUGGCGGCGCACCGGAGGAAGAGCAGCAGCUUUAACGGCGUUAAAGUUAGCAUGGACGGCGCGCCGUAUCUUCGGAAAAUCGAUUUGGGCGGUUACGGCGGUUACAGUCAGCUCGUCGGAGCUCUCCAGGAACUGUUUGGCUGCUUCGAUAUUGUGAAGAAGCAGGAAGAUGAAGAGAAAGGAGAAUACGUUCCAAUAUACGAGGACAAAGAUGGCGACUGGAUGCUCCUUGGAGAUGUCCCUUGGGGGAUGUUUGCUGAGACGUGCAGAAGGCUGAGGAUAAUGAAGCAAGCCGACGCACCAAAUUCCAAAAAUGGCCUUAUCAAAGGAUUGCUUGCCAAUAAGGCAAUAGAUAAUUAGUACCUAUAUUUUCAAGGGUAUUUUCGACUAUUCACAAUACCGAACAUUUGUGCUAAUUAGAAGCAAUUAUUGUUGGUCAAUAGAGUAAUUAUUAAGUGAGUGUUGUUGUUGAGAAAUACAUACAUAUAAAUACAUAUAUAUAUAUAUAGAGAGAGAGAGAGAGAGAGGAGAGAGAGGAGAGAGAGAAGUAUUGGUGUGUUAUUAAGUUACAUAAUUUGUGGUUAAUUAGUUUAAUUUGCUGACUUUGAUAAGUAUGAAGUUUCAUAUAAUAUAUAUAUAUAUAUAUGCAUUGUGUUUUUGUAUAA